AUGUUCGCUUCUAACUUCGUUGUCAAAGAUACGAACCUCAAGCACUUGCACAGCAAGGGCAAACUUACUCGGUUCAAGCAAAACAACACAACUACAGCCGGCAAAUACAUGGGAAACAGCUUCAGCAGCAUAUGCGGGACGCUGAAGUACCAGGACAGCAGCGGCUACCUGGGUACAACCAUCCCGCGCAUUAAGGUGUUCGAGAUGGAUCGGUGCGCGUGGUUAGAGCCUGCGAAGGUGUAG